AACCCUACCUCGAAAAACCCUUCUAAUAAGCCCCGUCUCCAGCGAGGGAGAACCAAAGAUCGAAGCUUUCCUCGCUCUCAGAGUGCUUGAAGCCUUGCAAGCUUCUCCUUGGAUCCAGCCAUGGAAGCCGACGCAUCCACAGCUCUUGCAGUUCGGCAGAAGGUCCAGGAGUUUUUGGAAGCCGCCCAAGCUGGGAACCUUGGCCUCUUCAAGAAACUUGCAAUGCAGCUUGACGAAGGGAAAGGGGUGCAGAGAACAGUGGCUGAUGUCAAGGAUGCGAACAAAAGGACUGCGCUCCAUUUUGCUGCAAGGGAGGGCAGGAUCGAGGUAUGCAAGUACUUGCUCGAAGAAUUGAAGCUUGAUGUUGAUGUGAAGGAUGAGGAUGGUGAGACUCCUUUACUUCAUGCUUCUCGUCAAGGACAUUUUGAUGUUGCAAAAUAUCUCCUUGAGCAAGGGGCAGAUCCUUCAAUUUCCAGUGACUUAGGAGCAACUCCUUUACACCAUGCCGCUGGAAUAGGGAACAUUGAGUUGCUGAACUUUUUACUCUCGAAAGGGAUUGUCGUGGAUUCACAAAGUGAUUCUGGUACCCCAUUAGUUUGGGCGGCUGGCCAUGGCCAACAAGAAGCUGUGAAGAUUUUGUUAGAAAACUCUGCCAAUCCGAACAUUGAAACUGAUGAUGGUAUUACUCCCUUAUUAUCAUCAGUUGCAGCUGGAUCAUUGCCAUGUUUGGAACUAUUAAUUCAGGCUGGAGCAAACCCAAAUAUUGUGGCAGGUGGAGCAACUCCAAUGCAUGUGGCGGCUGAUAUUGGAAGCAAAGAAAUUGUGAAUUGUUUACUUAACGCUGGAGGAGACCCCAAUAUUGCUGAUGAGGAUGGUGUCAAACCAGUAGAAGCUGCUGCAAUGAGAGGUGAUAGGGAAGUGGUUGAAAUUCUUCUUCCUGUAACAUCUCCUAUUCCAAAUAUUUCAAAAUGGAGUGUUGAUGGAAUCAUUGAACACAUGCAAUCAGUUAGGACCAAUGAACAGGUUAACAUGAAGGAACCAAGCUCUGAACAUACUGAUGCGCAGAAUAUGAAGAAGACUAUUGAGGUAACACCAGAAGCAAAGAAGAAUUCAUUGGAAGCUAAAUCCAGAGGGGAAGAGGCCUUUAGAAGAAAAGAUUAUCUUUCUGCAAUUUAUGCAUAUACUCAGGCUAUAGAUCUGGAUCCUACCGAGGCUACUUUGCUAUCAAAUAGAAGUCUUUGUUGGUUGCGUUUGGGACAAGCUGAUCAGGCCUUAACUGAUGCCAAGGCUUGCAGAGCUCUAAAGCCAGAUUGGCCUAAAGCUUGCUACAGGGAAGGAGCUGCGUUACGUCAAUUAGAAAGAUUUGAUGAAGCUGCAAAUGCCUUUUAUGAGGGUGUGAGACUAGACCCUGAAAAUAAAGAGCUGGUGAAUGCUUUCAGGGAAGCUGUUGAAGCAGGAAGGAAAUUUCAUGGCACAGACCAGCAAAAGCAAAAGCGUAAUAUUAUAUGCGAUGACCGGGGAUCCAUGUAAUACAUUUUUCGGCCACUUGAUCUUUGGUUUUAUAAGUUUAUUCAGUCUUUAAUGUAUUCUCCCACGUUUACAAGGUUACAUCUUCAUUAGAUCUAUAUUUACCAAGUUACUGCAAAGGGUUGUACUGUGGUAGGCUGCAUUUGGCUUCCCUUGAUUCACAGUGAACUAUUUGUGCAAUCUUGUUUGAUCAGAUCACUUGUUUAGAUUUAGAUGUUUGAAUUGGUGUGUAAUUUAUAUGCUUUUGUCUUAAACACUGAUUCAAAUUGUAAAGCA